AUUAUAUAAACAUUUAUUGAAAUGGUUUAAUUACGUCGUAUAACCUCGAUUAUAGAAUGUUUUCAAUAAUCGUCCUUGAUUUUUUUUAAGUAACCACUUUUUCUAGUUAAAUAUCCAUAAAUAUAAAUUACUUUCCGUUGUAUAAUAUUGCAACAGUUAUAAACUGUUACAAUAGAAUAAGCGUGCUUUAAAACUCAACUUGUAGUUAACUGUUAAAGAAUUCCCUUAAAAUGGCCCAACCAAUUGCUUAUUUAACAAGAAAAGAAUCAAUAUCCAGCUGUCACAGGUUGCACAGCCAUCAGCUGAGCGAAGAAGAAAACAAAGAAAUAUAUGGAAAAUGUAAUAAUUUUUGGGGACACGGACAUAAUUAUACAGUUGAAGUGACAGUCCGUGGACCCUUAGACCCUAAAACUGGUAUGGUUAUGAAUAUAUCUGAUUUAAAAGUGUACAUGAAAAAUGUAUUGAUGGAUAGACUGGAUCAUAAAAAUUUAGACAAAGAUGUACCUUAUUUUAAAAAUGUUGUAUCAACUACUGAAAAUUUAGCUAUAUAUAUUUUCAAUGAAUUGAAAAAAGAAUUACCUAAUCCAGAUUUAUUGUAUGAAGUGAAAAUUCAUGAAACUGAUAAUAAUAUUGUUUAUUAUAGAGGAGAGUAAAUGUUUCAUCUGUUUCUUAAUAGAAAAAAGGACCAUUUAGAAUGAAAGUGGUGUGUUCAUUUAAAAAAAAAAUUGUAUAAAACAUCACAAUUUUGUUUUCUAAAUUUUUGUUAAUUGGACUUACACCAAUUUCAUGAUAAACUACUUAAUUAUAACGGUACAAAGCAAAUAAUAUAAUAUAAAUGAUUAACAUUAUUUCCAUAAACAAUAUGGAAUGUAUUAAGGCUUCUUAAAUUUUUUCU